AUGUCAGUGGGAAUUGCUCCUCUCAAUCCCAAGCCAUUUUUAAAUAGCUUAGCUGGAAAUCGAGUCAUCAUAAAAUUGAAGUGGGGAAUGGAAUACAAAGGAAAUCUAAAAUCUUUUGAUGCAUACAUGAACAUACGACUUACAAGUGCGGAGGAGUGGAUACAUGGUGAGUAUAAGGGUACCUUGGGCGAAAUAUUUUUAAGGUGCAACAACAUCCUCUAUAUAAGAGAAGAUAACGAAAACGAAAAUUCUGAGAAGUGA